AUGUCAUCCAGAGCGUUGUUGUACGUAAUAGAUGUUAAGACAACAUACAAUGUACUACUGGGAAGGCCCUGGAUUCAUGAAAAUGGAGUUGUACCGUCAACCCUUCAUCAAUGUUUCAAGUACUGUCAAAAUGGGGUGGCAAGAAGUGUGAAAGCCGAUGAUAAUCCUUUCACUGAGGCGCAAGCAUAUAUCGCUGAUGCCAAAUUUUACAUCAAAAGGCACAAUACGAAAGAUAAGUCUGAGCAACCUCUAUCUGUGGAUAAAAUCCAAAACCCCAAAUCUCCGAGUGCAAAAGGGGAGAAAGCGAUAAAUUCAAAAUCAAAAGAGGAAGUUCAUGAAGAAACUGAUGUUUCAUUUCCAAAUAAUGAAUCAGUUGUUUUUCGCUACCCUCCCAAGUCAAGAAUGGAACAGGGACAGUCACCUGUAAUUCAGCAUGAACCUCUAAAAGGUUUGACUCUUCCGGUAGUUCAUCUUGAUACAAAAAAGGCAUCAUUUCCUCCGCUUAAAAGGUCUAACCUUUUAACCAAAGAAUCUGAAGUCGAACAAGACACCAUACCAAAGUUAAGAACCAAAGAAGAUUUUGAUCCCAUUGCAUAUAAGCUUCUCGCUAAGGCUGGAUAUGAUCUCAAAGAAUUUGCUGUGUUAAAUGUUCCAUCCUGUCAAUCUACUAGUGACAUGAUCCAUGGGUUGAAUCCUACCCAAAAGAUGUUGAAGGAAAAAGGAUAUGCCGUUGAAAAUCUCAAAUUUGGUCUUGGCUACUCUUCCCCUACACCAAUCCGCAUUAAGAUCAAUAGAUUUAGUAGUCAAUAUAUUACUGUGGAGGAUGAGUCUUCUCAAAUAGCUGGUAGAUUUCAAACUUUUCACGGAAAGGAGAAUAAAGCUCCACGGGUAUCUGUUUUUCAGAAGUUAGGACCCAUCAUUCCUUCGAGAAUGAGAAGAUGCACAGACCUUGUAAUAAAGUGUGGGAUUGAAUUGAGGGUCAGGGAGCAUACCGUAGUGUACACAAGACCAAAAGAGUAUGAUGAAGAGAGUGUUGUUUCAUGCAAUCAUAUAACCAUAAUUGACGGUGACUCUCCUAAAGAAGAAGAAGAUGUUGAAGACGCUCCACCUGAAUUGGAGGAAGGAGUUAAGGCCACUGUGGAUGAUCUAAAGGAAAUCAAUCUUGGUACUUCAGAGGACCCGCGUCCAAUAUACGUAAGUGUUUUAUUGAGCCCCGACGAAGAGAAGGCAUAUAUUGAACUUUUGCGGGAGUAUCAAGAUGUUUUUGCAUGGACUUAUAAAGAAAUGCCGGGUUUAAGCCCAAAAGUGGCCGUCUACCAUUUGACUGUUAAAAAGGGAGUUCGACCUGUGAAGCAAGCACAAUGGAGGUUUAGACCCGAUUUGAUUCCAUUAAUCAAAAUUGAAGUCAAUAAGCUUAUUGAAGCCGAGUUUAUUCGUGAAGUUAAAUAUCCCACAUGGAUUUCGAGUAUCGUGCCUGUGCGAAAGAAAAAUGGACAAAUCCGCAUCUGCGUUGAUUUCAGAGAUCUUAAUAAUACUUGUCCCAAAGAUGACUUUCCUUUACCGAUCACUGAGCUCAUGAUUGAUGCAACUACUGAGCAUGAAGUUCUGUCAUUUAUGGAUGGCUCUUCUGGAUAUAAUCAAAUUCGAUUGGCACCAUAG